CCUCAGCUGUAACCAGUCUGUAGAUCGUAAAAACGAUGAAGGUGAGGGUGAGGAUGUCAAUAAAGGAAGUCUGGCGUACCGCACGCGCUCAAAGCGUCCCCUGGUGAACGUUCCUCUGGGCCAGCUGGAGGCGGAGCUUCUGGCCCCUGACAUCACUGAUGACAUGUACGAGCAAAGCCCCGCCCAACGAGAGGAGGACCGUCAUUGGACGAGGUGGCUGCAGAGUCUGAUGGCGCCCGUUAAUGAAGAGGAGGCCGAUGAUGAAGACGACCCGGAGUAUAACUUCCUGGAGGACCAGGAUGAACCUGACCUGGAGGACUACAGGACGGACCGGGCCGUCCAGAUCACCAAGAAAGAAGUGAACCAGCUGCUGGACGAGCUCUUUGAGACG